AUGCCUCCUCGACAUCAGACAUUGCCUCCGGCCCAAACAUCUUCUGCGCGCGAAGCUCUUCAAUCUUUCUACUGCAGCCUCUGUUCCAAAGGCUACUCCCGCAUGAACGACUAUGAGGCGCACCUUAGCAGCUAUGAUCACAGCCACAAACAGCGGCUCAAGGACAUGAAAGCCAUGGUGCGCGAUCCGACUGCCGGAGCCAGAGCUCGCAAGGCCGAGGCCAAGGCUGAUGGGCUUGUCAGUAUCAAGCUUGCAUCGGCCGAGCAACCAACACCAGCAACCACAGCGGGGGGUUUCAAGAAGGGUGGGUUCAAGAAGUCAGGCUUUAAGUCGGCUUUUACAUCCAUUGAUACGUCCGCGGUGGCGGGGCAGGACUCUCCAAAGUCGAAAUUGGACCAAGUUUUUAAGGCAGGUAGGCUUGGCCGGGAACGAGACUUUGAGUGUGAGAGCGAAACAGAUGAAGAAGGCUACCAACCAUACGACCCAAGGCACCCGACGGACUGA